AUGUGCGAUUCUCCUGCAACGACUGGAAAGCCUACUAUUCUUUUCAUCGCAGAUCCGUGCGAAACAUCAGCCACACUUAAUUCCAAGGCAUUCAAAGAGAAGUUCAGGAUCUUGCGCUAUCAGCUGGACACCAAAGAAGCAUUUCUUAACUUUUUAGAAAGGCAUGAACAAGACAAAAUAUGUGCCAUUUAUGCUGGGUUUCCGGCAUUCAAAAAAAUCGGUGGGAUGACUCGAAGUAUCAUCGAACACAAGUCAUUUCCAAGGAAAAAUUUAAAAUGUAUCGUGCUUUGCUCAAGAGGUUACGACGGAUGGGAUCUGGAUACAUUACGCAAGCAUGAAAUUCGAUUAUACAACUACCAAGACGAUGAAAAUGAAAAAUUGAUAGACGAUUUAAAGCUUCAUCAAGUCGGUAAUGAUGUGGCAGAUUGUGCCUUGUGGCACAUUCUGGAGGGCUUUAGAAAGUUCUCCUAUUACCAAAAACUUAGUAGAGAAACUGGAAAUACAUUAACUGCAAGGGCGAAAGCUGCAGAAAAGAGCGGAUUUGCUUUUGGCCAUGAACUGGGGAAUAUGUUUGCUGAAUCACCAAGAGGAAAGAAAUGCUUAAUUCUUGGUUUAGGAAGUAUUGGAAAGCAAGUAGCCUACAAGUUGCAAUACGGGCUAGGAAUGGAAAUACAUUAUUGCAAAAGAAGCGAAGAUUGCACAAUGAGUCAAAACGAAAGCUGGAAAUUUCAUUUGCUAGAUGAAACAAUAUAUGCAAAACUAUACCAGUUUCAUGCAAUCGUGGUCACAUUGCCGGGAACUCCACAAACAGAACAUUUAAUCAACAGGAAAUUUUUGGAACACUGCAAUCCAGGCCUAAUUUUAGUCAACUUGGGAAGAGGUAAAAUUUUGGACUUGCGGGCUGUUUCUGACGCCUUGGUAACGGGACGAAUCAACCAUCUCGGUUUAGACGUCUUUAAUAAAGAACCAGAAAUAGAUGAAAAAAUCAGAUCUUCUGAUAGACUUACUUCAAUUACUCCGCAUUUGGGUAGUGCGACAAAGGAUGUUUUUGAGCAAAGUUGUGAACUGGCAUUGACAAGAAUCUUACGGGUAGUGUCUGGGGAAGCCGCAAGCGAUGAGCAUUUCUCCCGUGUAGUUUGA